AUGGACGUGACUUGCUCCCUGUGCGAGGAUUACCAGGAAACACUCUUGCAUGCAUUAUGGCUGUGUGAUCAAGCCAAGUCGGUCUGGAAAUCAGAUUCUAGAUUUUCUGGGUUGUAUCGAAAAGCUCACAGGAGUUUCGUGGACCUUCUCGACUUUGUUUUUGAGCAAGGCUCUGUUUUCUUUGUUGCUCUCUUCUCAACAAUUGCUUGGUGUCUUUGGCAGCAUAGAAACAAGCUGCGUGAACGCCAACCCAUGUGGCCCAUCCAGGAGAUAUAUCAAAGAGCAAAAGAGCUGGUUGUGGAGUUCUUCGAGGUUCACCAUAGUGAGCUAGCUGGGAUUGGGGUGGUGGUUCGGGACAGUUCUGGUAACGUCAUGGGAGCGCUGAGUCAAAAAAUUCCUAGACCCCAGUCCGUGGAGCAUGCUGAAGCACUUGCGGCCUGUAGAGCUGUGAUCCUGAAAGAAUUAUUGCUCUUCCAAGCGUGUUUUGAAGGUGAUUGCCAACGGGUCAUUCAAGCCAUCAACGCAUGUGGUCCCAGCCGUACUCUGUUUGGCCAUAUUAUUGAAGAGAUUCACUAUUUUAGCUCAUCUUUAGCAAGUUGUUCCUUUGUUCAUGUAUGUAGAGAGGGUAAUAAAUUGGCACAUGCCCUAGCUAGAAGAGCAGUUUUAUCUGCAGAUACUGAUGUAUGGGUAGAAGAGCUACCCAAUGAUUUGGAUGAUAUAUUCCGAUUUGAUUUAGUUCAAUAA